GUAUUGUCUUUGGUUGAAAGUAAUUUACCAUGUUGUUGUUUAUAUUUCACGCGUUGUUGUGCACAUGUGAGAAGAGUGUGUUACAACAUAUGUAGGGCAAUGUAUAUCGUUUCACCAUGAAGGAGCUGCUGUGUGGAAGUGAUUCGGAGCCAGAAAAUAUUUUAACCGUAAACAAAUCGUAUGCUGAGCGAUAUAACACAUGGAGAGAGAAAGAAGAGCUUCAGAAGUUAAAGGAUCGAUAUGGUGAUGAUGAUGCAGAAGACAGCUCAAGUUCUUCAGAAGAAGAAGAUGAAAAUGCAGAGCAGUUAACAAAAGAAAUUGAAAAAAGCUUUUUUAAAACACUGUCAUGUUUGAAAAAGAAGGACCCUCGGAUUUAUGACCCAAACAUCAAUUUUUUUAAUAAUGAAGUUAUCUCCAGCGAGCUCAAUUCAAUUACAACUAAAAAAGAAAAGGAAGAGAAGCCAUUGUUUCUCAGAGAUUAUGAGAGAAAGAUUAUAACUGAGAAAGGAGGGAAACUGAGUGAUGAUGAGGAGGAUUCAUCUUCUGAAAGUAAAAAGGCCUUACGACCUGAGUCUCCCACAUUAAUUGAGGAGCAGAAAGCCAUUAAGGAAAGUUUUAAAAAUGCUCUUGAAGAUACCGAUGAAGAUGAAGAUAAGGGAAGCUGGGGAGGACUAUUUCAACAAAGGAAAAAAACAAAAGAAGAACUUGAGAAAGAAGAAGAAGAUUAUCUUGAAUGGUUGAAGGGGCAGAAAGAAGAACUUGCUGACAAAGAAGCAGAAUCUGAUCUGAAAUACUUGCAUGUUUAUUGGAAUGAUCCUAAGCUGGAUGAAAAUGAAGUAUUUCUUCGUGAUUAUCUUCUCAAUAAAAGGUUCUUGGAUGAUGAGGAUGACUCAUACAUCCCAACGUACAAUGAAAUUGUCCAUGACUCUGAUGAUCUAUCUGGUGAUGAAUCUACACUUCAGCAGCAAGAGGAAUUUGAACACAAGUACAAUUUUCGGUUUGAAGAACCAGACAAAGAAUUUAUUAAAAGAUAUCCACGAACAAUGGAAAAUUCCUUACGAAGGAAAGAUGAUCGAAGGAAAAGAAAGCGGGAGGAAAUUAGGCAAAGAAAGGAGGCAGAGAAAGCUGCAAAACGAGAAGAAAUUAAGAAGCUGAAAGCACUGAAAAGAAAAGAAAUUCUGGAGAAAAUAGAAAAACUAAAAUAUGUUACAGGAAAUAAUGAGCUAGGAUUCAAGGAUGAGGAUAUUGAAGGAGAUUUUGAUCCAGAAGAAUAUGACAGACGAAUGAAUCAGUUAUUCAGUGAGGAGUAUUAUGCCGAAGAAGGAGAUUCAGCAAAGCCAGAAUUUCCAGAACUUGAUGAUGAACUUGAGAUUGAAAACUGGGAAAAUUUACAGUCAAAUGGCCAUCAGUAUGCUGAAAAUGAAGAGGCUGGCUAUGAACCUCACUGUGAGGAUCCAGAUUUCAAUAUGGAUUGUGAUUAUGAUCCAACGGCAGCAUUACAGUCCGAGCUUAUUGAGUCAUCAAAAAAGAGAAAGAAGCGACGGAGACAGUCAAAAUUUGCUGAAAUUGUCUCAACGCCAAAACCUUCAUUUAAUCCAAAUGAUCAGACUUUUGAUGAAUAUCUUGAAGAGUAUUAUAAGCUUGACUGUGAAGAUGUUAUUGGUGAUCUACCCUGCAGAUUCAAGUACAGAAAAGUUGUUCCUAACAGCUUUGGAUUAACAAUAGAUGAGAUUCUUCGUGCUGAUGACAAGGAACUAAAUAAAUGGUGUUCCUUGAAGAAGGCUGUUCAGUAUAGACCAGAACACGUGGAAAAAUAUGAUGUUGUAGCGUAUAAGAAGAAAGCACAGAACGAGAAGUUAAAAAGGAAAAUCUUGAGGAGUUUGUAUACUGAUAGUGAGCCAGAUGAAGAGGAGCUGAACAGUGAGCCACCAAAAAAGAAGAAAAAGAAGUCCAGCUUCAUGAAUGAUCAGCAGACAUUGGAAAUUUCUUCUCAUGAUGAACGCGUCACUGCCACCCUGCCUGCUCCUCAAGGUGGAGAAACAUCUGUUACAGAAAAUAAUUGCAAAGCUGGGAAAGAAAGUUCUAGUUCCCAUACAGAACCUCAGAAGAGAAAGGAAAAGAAGAAAAGAAACAAAUUCAUAGAACAGAUGAGCAACAAGGAAAUGCCUAAAGCAUCAGUAAGGAAUUCUCAUCACAAAAAGAACAAGAACAACAGAAGUAAAGUAAAUGACAAUAUCAAAAACAACAAUAAUGUUACAGAACUGUCAGAUGCACGGCUCAAAGCAUAUGGAAUAAACCCAAAGAAGUUCAAAAACAAAAUGAAAUAUGGAAAAAUAAAAGAAGUAUAAAAUAGUUUGUGUCUGCAUGUAAUAUUUUAAACUAUGAGGAAAUGACACUUCAGUAAUAGCAUAUGUUUAUAUCUUCAAAUUAAUGAAGGUUUAAACUGCUUUAAGACCACUUUUGUUUACAAAAUAUUGUAUUCAUUCCCUUGUUAUUUAAAGAGACAUAUUUUGUUGUUCGAAUGUGUAU